UGAGCGGAAUGUCCGUGGAUGAGAAGCCUGAAGACCCCAUGUAUGUGUAUGAGUCGACGGUUCAUUGUACCAACAUCCUCCUCUGUCUCAAUGACCAGCGGAAGCAGGAUAUCCUGUGCGAUGUGACGGUCCUGGUGGAGGGAAAAGAGUUCCGAGGGCACCGGGCUGUACUGGCCGCCUGCAGCGAGUACUUCCUCCAGGCGCUGGUGGGCCAAGUGGAGAAUGGACUGGUUGUUAGCCUUCCUGAAGAGGUCACUGCGAGGGGAUUCGCCCCCUUGUUGCAGUUUGCCUACACUGCUAAGCUGUUGCUCAGCAGGGAAAACAUCCAGGAGGUCAUUCGCUGCGCUGAAUUCUUGCGCAUGCACAACCUUGAAGACUCGUGCUUUCGUUUUCUGGAGGCUCAGCUCCGCAGAGAAGAAGACAGCUUGUUAUUUUGCCACAAGGAGGCAGCAGAGGCAAUCAACUCAAAAGAUGAAUGCAUGCAGUCAGAGACGGAAAGGCCCACUUCCCCCAUGGCACAGCAUUGUGCAGACACCCUCACCUCCUUCCAACACCCUGAUGAUGAUGACGAUGAUGAUGACAGGCGAGCGGUGACGAUGUCCAAUAACUUCACAGACGGCCAGCUGAGCUUUGAUCGGCACGGUGCAUCGGACCUGCCGCGAUGCCCCAAGUACAGGAAGUAUCAAUUGGCUUGCAACAAGCACAAUGACAUCUCCUCACACACCAGUACCUCAGGUUUUUCAAGCACAUUUAAGGAGAGCAGCGUUAGCGGGGGCGCACCAGGCCAGGACAGGCUGUCUGUGGCACAGAUCAAAGUGGAACCACGGGGAAAGGAAGAGACAGUUUCAUUGUGCCUGUCAGGGGUUGAGCAGGAUGACGGGGAUAUGGACAGUGUGACAGCUAUGGAAAUGGAUAACCCUGUCUGUUUGGAAAACUCCAAGAGAACCAAGUCCCCGUCCUGCCUCCGAUCUUUUUUCAAGAAAGGGGUGGAUCUGCCCAGCCUGUCCAGCACUUCACAGCAGCUAAUCACAAACAGACUUGUUUGCCCCCAGGACAAAGGAAACACUCAGGGAGAUCUUCAAAAAGAUUUACAGCCUUUCACUGGGGAGCUGGACCUGCCUGUAACAUCCCCAGAGGAGCUUGAUGGAUUGCCUUCAGGAUUGUCUCUCAAGCCUGUUUCCUGUGAUGGGGUCUGCAAACAGGAAGUUGAGCUGGAUCGCCGUAGCGUCAUAUUUUCUUCAGGGGCCUGCAACCGUACCGGAACACCGGUGCAUUCUUUCCCCGGAGGAAACUCCUUGGAGAUGGAACUUUCUGAGCAAGUGUCAAAAGGCCUGUGGGCCGGAGCUAGCCAGUCUCUCCCCAACUCCCAGACCUUCUCUCCCAGCACCAUUUCAUCUGAGCCCCCAAUCUUGUGCCGUCCACGGCCCAACACCAGCUGCCCAGUGCCAAUCAAAGUGUGCCCCCGCUCACCACCUUGUGAUACACGUACCAGGACUUCCAGCUCCUGCUCCUCCUACUCCUAUGCAGAGGAUGGCAGUGGAGGCUCCCCUUGCAGCCUGCCCCAGUUUGAAUUCUCCUCUUCGCCAUGCUCCAACAUGGCACGGUGUGUCAACGUAGACCAGCAGGAGCAAAGUGUGGGAGGGGAGUCCCUGUUCAGCCAGGUGCGACCCAAGAUUAAAUGUGAGCAGUCCUACGGCACCAACUCAAGUGACGAAUCAUGCUCCUUCUCAGAGGGAGACAGCGAGUCUUGCCAUGUGCAGGAGCCAGGGACAGAGGUGAAGCUUCCGUUCCCAAUUGAUCAAAUCACAAAUCUUCCACGCAACGACUUCCAGAUGUUGGUGAAAAUGCACAAACUGACCUCAGAGCAGCUCGAGUUCAUCCAUGACAUAAGGCGGCGGAGUAAAAACCGCAUUGCAGCGCAGCGCUGCCGCAAGAGGAAGCUGGACUGCAUCCUGAACCUGGAGUGUGAGAUCAGGAAACUGGUCUGUGAGAAAGAGAAGUUGCUGACUGAGAGGAACCAGCUGAAGGCCUGUAUGGGCGAGCUGUGGGAGAACUUCUCCUGCCUGUCUCAGGAGGUGUGCCGGGAUGUCCAUCUGAGUCCAGAGCAGGUCCAGUCCCUUCACCAUUACUGCCCCGUUCUGCGGCCAGCCAACUCCACUGCCAAUGAGUCGAGACCCACCCUCAGCACCCCUGCCACCAGCAGCAUUGACCUCACCACCCACUCUGGCUCAGCCACUCCAGAACCCAUCUUCCACAGGUCACCCGGUUCCUCUGAGAACCAGCCUAACUCCACAGUCAGAAACGGGGCUGACAAAGUUACAGAUGGUCAGGACACCAGCUUGUACACAGCAUCGGAGCUGUCUGUGGAAACCUCCAACCAGACGGUAACGGUGGACUUUUGCCAGGAAAUGACAGACAAAUGUACAACUGACGAGCAGCCGAGGAAGGACUGUACCAAGUAGAGGUGGUUUGGUUUCUGUUUGUG